AUGUGUGAUUCGGACAAACAACAUCUCUCUUCUGAUCCAAGAAUAAUCUUAAAUGUCGGCGGUAUCAGAUACGAAACAUAUAGAUCAACUCUCCUAGCAUAUCCUCAAACUCUUCUCGGUACAAUGUUUCAACCACGUAAUGACUCCUUACUUCAACCAACCAACAAUAGCCUCCAUAAUCAUAAGAAUGAAUAUUUUUUCGACAGAAAUGGUUAUGCGUUUCGUUAUAUCUUAGAAUUCUAUCGUACUGGUAAAAUCCUUUGGCCAAAAUCCACUAACCCUUUGCGUGCUUCCAUUCCUCAAAAUUCCUUGAAACCUUCCGUUACAUCUUCUAUGACCGUAGAUAAUGACAAGAUUGAUUGCUCGGUUCAUCAGUAUACCAUUCCAACCGCUACUGAUACUUUGGCAAAAAUAAUGCCUGUAUCGUUACACGAACUUCAACGCGAACUCGAAUUCUUUCAAAUUCCUUCUUCUCUUUCUCUUUCCUCUCCAGCUUCACAAUCUUCAAUUUCAUAUAACAUAGCUGCUCAAAUUCUUGAUGAUUUCAUUUAUAUUUUAGAAUCUUUAAUUUGUGAAUCAAUUGAAUCAUUUUCUCAAAAAAUUACUAUCAAAUUUUAUGAGGAUUUUCGACCUGUUGAAGUUUUUAUGGCUAGAUAUCGAAGAGAUGAUGCUUUAAAAGGAUUUGAAGGUUGUGGAUGGGAAAUUUUGGAUUUAUUUGAACAAAAAAUAUCUAAAAGAUUGAAAAUUAUGUUUCCAGGAUUAAUUACUUAUGUUGGUUAUGUUAAUUCUAAUGGUAGUGUUAGUAGUGGUUAUGGUAAUAAUCUAAGUUUUACUUUAGGAAAUACUUUUCCACAAAAUUUUAAUGGGAAAAAAGAUGUUAAAGCUAAGGUCUAUAGAUUAUGCUCAUUUUUUGAUCCAAGAGAAGUAUUGGCUAAUACCUUGAGUUUUGAAGAUAUUUCUAUCUCUGGAAUUAAUAAUAAUUCUGGUGGUGAAAAAAUAAUUAAAAAUUGUGGUAUCUCGAUUGGAAUGUCUGUAGAUUUCCAAAUUAUUGGUGCCUUGGUUGUCAGACUGUUGUGUAGCGUUGAAGACGGAAACGGUGCAUAUUUGGCCUUUAAAGUUUACCAUGAGUAG